GCGCCCCCUGACACACACACACACACAGUGCAGCCCCGGCCCACAGCGCCCCGACACACACACACACACACACACAGUGCAGCCCCGACCCACAGCGCCCCGACACACACACACACACAGCGCCAGGCCCCGGCUACAGCCUCGGUUGUAACCCUCAAAACUCGGCCCCGGCUCCAGUUAUUAACCACCGGCAGCAGCAGAUUGUUGAGCAGUGACCAUGGGCCGAAUCUUCCUGGACCACAUCGGAGGCACUCGACUCUUCUCCUGCGCCAACUGUGACACCAUCCUGACCAACCGCUCUGAGCUCAUUUCCACUCGCUUCACUGGGGCCACUGGCAGGGCCUUCCUCUUCAACAAGGUGGUGAAUCUGCAGUACAGUGAGGUCCAGGACCGGGUCAUGUUGACUGGGCGACACAUGGUGCGGGAUGUCAGCUGCAAGAACUGCAACAGCAAACUGGGCUGGAUUUACGAGUUUGCCACCGAGGACAGCCAACGGUACAAAGAGGGCCGCGUGAUCUUGGAGCGUGCACUGGUGCGGGAGAGCGAGGGGUUCGAAGAGCACGUACCUUCUGACAAUUCUUGAACGUUCAAUGACCCAGCCCAAACCAAACCCCUUCAUUUCCCCUCCUUCCCUCGCUUUUCUUUCCGUCGCUGAAAAAAGCAUUUCUAUUUAAAAGAGAAAAACGAAACAAAAAAAAAAAAUGUCUUUGCGUGAUCGUGGCCUCUGCAUUGAUUGGGUGGGGAUUGAGCGGUAGUGGGAAGUUAGAACUGCUUGCUCUUGUGAACGGGCGCGCAAUCUGUGGGUCGGUAGUACAGCAGCAUGCUAGCUCGCUUUCUCUUUCCAUCCAGCUCCAACACCGUGCAGUUUCACACUGCCUCGGCCCCAGCUCCCGAUGAUCCAGCGGGUGGUGGCGGCACCGAGCCUGAGACAAAGGAUCCCUUCGGGGUCCGCGAGUAGUUAUUGAGUUCAGGAAAUGGCUCUGAGAUGCCAAGGUGUGUUUUAAUUUAAAUUUUUAAGUGAUUUCUUGCCUGUACCAGCUCUUUUUUUUUUCUCUCUCUCUCUCCCCAGAAGUUGGUAUGCACUUUGUUUGUUGUUAUUGAUAGGAGACAUUGGGAGUGAGGGCGAGAUGCCCAGAUAUUUGGGCUGGAUAGGACCUGGAGAGUGAUUUUUCAUCUGUGAUGCGCUUUCCAACUCUGUGUGCUUGGUCGAGGCUUCUCUCUCCCACCCACAAUGAGCAGCGCCAACAUCAGCAAUAGCUUUCCCCAUCUCCAGCUUUCUGAUGUGUGAUUUGGCUGAGACCCUGGGUUGGUUUUUGGCUUGUGCCAACCCCAAGCAAGUCUACCUACAGCUCAGCCCGUGCCCCCGCUCACCUCUCUCUUGUACCUCUCUCGCCCUGCUCUCGCUGAUCAUCUGUGGGGGCUUUCUCCUCGCGGAGUGUGUAUCAGAUGUAACUUACAUGUAGUGAUAAUAAAAAGGACAUUAGUC